UGUAUUGUCUCCACCACCAUAGUACUUUCUUCUUGAAUGAGUUGUCUCCACUCUUCCUCUUCCACUGGGAAAUCUUAGGGUUUUGUCCAUCUUUCUUCAAUUCUCCCCUUAUUUGUUCGAAAGCUUUCCAUUUUCCCUUUCAAAGAAAAAGAUUUGAACUUUCCACCUCAAAACCCUAGCUUCCAUGGCAAAAACAAGACCAGGGGUUUCUGCUACCAAGGCCAAACAAGGCAAGAAGGACCUCGACUCUUACACCAUCAGAGGCACCAACAAAGUUGUCAGAGUUGGGGAUUGUGUUCUGAUGCGUCCUUCCGACAGUGGUAAGCCUCCAUAUGUGGCACGAAUUGAGAAAAUGGAAGCAGAUAGCAGGAACAAUGUGAAGGUUAGAGUACGGUGGUAUUAUCGUCCGGAGGAGUCACUUGGAGGAAGGAGGCAGUUCCAUGGAGCAAAGGAGCUGUUUCUGUCAGACCACUAUGAUGUGCAGAGUGCCUAUACCAUUGAAGGGAAGUGCAUUGUUCAUUCUUUCAAGAACUACACUAAGCUGGAGGAUGUUGGGGCUGAGGAUUACUAUUGUAGGUUCGAGUAUAAGGCAGCUACCGGAGCCUUUACACCUGACCGAGUUGCCGUGUACUGCAAAUGUGAGAUGCCAUACAACCCGGAUGAUCUCAUGGUGCAAUGUGAGGGAUGCAAGGACUGGUAUCACCCUGCUUGUGUGAGCAUGACAAUUGAGGAAGCAAAACUGCUGGAUCACUUUGUUUGUUCUGAAUGUUCUGAGGAGGAUGUCAAAAGAGCGCAGAACGGGUUUCAUCCAUCACCAGUAUCUGAUGUAAAGGUGGAAGCUAAACGGCAAAAGAGAUAAGUUAAUGAUGGGGAAAUUUUUGUUUCAUAGGGGCGAGAUUCCUUAUGCUGAUUUAGCUUGUUGGCUGCUGUUGUGUGAGUUGUAUAGCGUAGAAGUUGUGUUUUGUCCAAAUUGUGGCUGUUAGUAACUUACGUGCUGGAAUGGAGACAUCCGUGUCUGCGGUAGGUUAAGGAGAUUAAGUCUGUACGGGAGGAUUCAUUUGUAGUUUCCCUGAUGUUGAACCCAUAGUUGCACUACAAAAUAUUUAGAAUCUUGCCUUUCUUUUCGUGGCA